GGCGAGGGGAGCGGGCUCUGGCUCGGCCUGUAGCGCUCAGCGCCCUGCCGCCAUAAAAGGGGGCCAGGCGGCGGCCUGGCGUCGGGGUAUGUGGCGUCGCGUGCGCUGCGGGCCCGGAGGCAAGCGUUUAGGGCGCGGCGCGGGGCAGCAGGGGGCGCCGGGCUCCCGGGUCGGUGCGGCUCGUGUUUACUUUCGGGCGAGUUUUUCCUGCUCGCGGCAGGUGCCCAGCGGCUCGGGCGCGCGCAUCACCGGCCUGACGGCUGUCCCGUUCGCGCCGGCAAUGACGGCGGCAGCAUGGAGUUCCCGGGGCACAGCGGGCGCCUGCUGGGCCGCCUGAGGCAGCAGCGAGAGCUGGGCUUCCUGUGCGACUGCACCGUGCUGGUGGGCGACGCGCGCUUCCCUGCGCACCGUGCAGUGCUGGCCGCGUGCAGCGUCUACUUCCACCUCUUCUACCGGGACCGGCCCGCUGGCGGCCGCGACACGGUGCGGCUGAACGGCGACAUCGUCACGGCUCCCGCCUUCAGCCGCCUGCUGGACUUCAUGUACGAGGGCCGCCUGGACCUGCGUAGCCUGCCCGUCGAGGACGUCCUGGCCGCUGCCAGCUACCUGCACAUGUAUGACAUCGUCAAGGUCUGCAAGGGCAGGCUCAGGGAAAAGGACCUGGCGCUGCAGCUGGAGGCCCCUGCUCUCCGUACAGAGCGUCAGGGCGAGUCACCGUGCCCCCUGCCUGUGUGGAGCCCGGACCUCCACCCUACUGCACAGACAGCUGAGCUCUCCCUGCCAGCAUCCAGGCCUGCCCCUUGGCAGGCCCCACGAGAGUCAGACCGGGCCCUGGACCUGUCGCUAAAGCCCAUCCCCGGGUCCGAGCCAGUGCAGACAUCCUUCGGCAGCAGCCAGAGGCAGCUAGGUGCUCGGGCUCUGGUGAAGGAUGAGCAGAAUGCCCCCUGGGAACAGGAGAGCCAUGGCCCUCGGAGCCCCCGCGGCUCUCUCCAGCCACCCUGUGGCCCCACAACCCAGCUCCUGCCACCGGACUUAGAGCUGCUGUCCUGCCGCAGGGCAGUCAGCCAGGAGCUGGAGCUGGGUUCUAAACAAGUGGCGGGCAGCGUCCAAGAGCUGGGUCCCCGAGGAUGCCUCUGCAUCUGCCCGCUGUGCUGCAAGCUGUUCCCCAGCGCCAACGCCCUGCAGCAGCACCUCAGUGCACACUUCCGGGAGCGGGAAGGCACCCGGGCCAGGCUCUCGCCUGAUGGCUCCGUGCCCACCUGCCCUCUUUGCAGCAAGACCUUCUCGUGCACCUACACGCUGAAGCGGCACGAGCGGACACACUCAGGGGAGAAGCCCUACACGUGCAUGCAGUGUGGCAAGAGCUUCCAGUAUUCGCACAACCUGAGCCGGCACGCCGUGGUGCACACACGGGAAAAGCCACAUGCCUGCCACUGGUGUGAACGCCGGUUCACACAGUCUGGGGACCUGUACCGCCAUGUACGCAAGUUCCACUGUGGUGUUGUCAAGUCCCUGCUGGUGUGACACACCCCUCAGGCUGGUUGAGACCCAGGGAUGGAGGCAGCCAGGUUUGGAAGCCUGGGCCUCUGGGCUCCACCUGCUGUGGAAGGGAGCUGUCCUCCCUGUCUCCUUGCCAGGUUCUGUGACAGAACUUGGGCCUGGGUUUCUCAGUGUGGGUGACACAAGUGUCCUGUGUCUGGGCAUUUCUGAGCACUUGUCGGGGUGCUUUGGAUCCUCUGAGCCUGGUCUCCAGAGCCAGUGACUCACAGGUCCAAAGUCAUGGCAGGGCACUUGCAGGAAAUGGCCCACCCCUGGUGGGUGGCAGGGGGAGCCCCUGCUGGGAGGGCCUGGGGCACAGCCGUGGGGUACAGCUGAUAUCAUGGGGUGCAGCCCUGGCAGGCACUCCAGGGCAACAGGAGGAGAGUCCGUGUCACUGGGGUAGAACUGAAGCUUGUCUGCUCAUCAUAACUGGGCAAAGAAUCUGGGAAUUUGGAAAUGGAUUAUCUUUGGAUGCAGAAAACUUCUAGGCUGCCAGAUGUCUGCCAACAGGCACUGGGGCGAGUGCCAGACCAGGGUGCCUCCAGGUGUCCCUGAGUGGGGCGAGAGAGCCUGACCCUGGGGUCUCUCCCACCUGUGGGGUUCUGUCUCUCUGACCUCAGGCAUUUUUGUAGCAGAAGCACAGCUUACCAGAAGCAUUGUCUUCAGGGCUCCCCAUCUCCCUUAGGGCAGGGAUGGGUGCUGUCACAUGAGGAGGGAGGUUGGCAUCUCCUGGGAGAGGACCACACAGCUUCUGGCCCCAGAGAAGGGACACACCAAUUGCAUUUGAAGUCCUUUGGGUCACCCUUGUCAUCAGUCUUGCCGCUGGAACCUUGAUGGCUGCAAGCAUGGAGUGGGUGGAAUGGAGGUGCCCCUACCUUCUGAAGGGACAGCAAGUGGCAGAGCUGCCUGGACAUCUAUUUCUGCUGGGGUUGGAAGUGGCACUGGGACAGAGUCUAGCUAAGUUUAAAUCAUCGUCUCUGCCUAAUAACCCUUGAUAUUGUAUUCAUUUGUCUGCCGGACUCAGAAUCAAAUGACACACACAAAAAAGACAGUCACCUUCUUGGUGGCAGGACGGGCCACAGUCCACCUUUCCAUGGGCUCUGUGCUCUCUUGGUACCUCUGCGGCUGACCUGGAGACCCCAACCCCAGACUGCUGAGGUGAGGGGACAACUGCUCCUGGCAGUCCUGGCUUCUGGCCCCACCUCACAGAGGCUUGAGGGACAUGGCCCCCUGCAGGAUGAGUUCCGUGUUCUGGGUUUGCAUGUGCAUCCGGCAUGCAGCAGGACUGACAGAGCCAGCAUAGCAGGAGAGUAGCUGCUACCAGCAGGGACACAGGCUGUGUCACUGGCUUCCCCGAGUGCUUUCCUGGGGCAGGGAUGUCUGCUCUGAGUCAUCAAUACUGGGUUCCUUGUUUCUGUGCACAGUUACUGUGACAUGAACGUAAAGAGAGUGAUCUGUCUCAAUUUUAUAGCUGAUGG